AUGUCGGUCUCUGAGAAGUCAGAUGGCGUGAUGGAUGGCACUGUGGACCCAGAAGUGGUCAUCAUUCUCCGCUCUCUGGCACCGGAGGAGGUAGACAUGCUUCGUGACACGUUCAUCUACAUGGACCGUGACAGUGACGGCUUCGUCAGCCGCGAGGAGGUGAUGAUGCAGGUGGCUGCCUGCGUUGGUGCAGAGCGGUUUCCGCCGCUGCAGGAGUACCUUGUACCUCUGUUUCAGGUAGCUGACAAAGACCACGACGGUCGGCUUAGCCUGACGGAGUUUCUCAUGGCGUUCGCCAACGGCCCUGGUGUCGUGCCAGCGGAGGUGGUGAACAGGUGCGUCGCAGAUGUGCGGGUGCGACUAACAGAUGAAGAGAUAUCGGCUCUGCAGAGCAACUUCAGUCGCAUCGACGCAAACCAGGAUGGCGUCAUCGAUCCAGAGGAGCUCGAAAUGGCGUUGCGGGCGCACCUGCUCGCUAAGUUUCCGGACCUGACGAAGGAGAUCUUCAAGGAGAUCGUCUCCGUCGUGAUGGCCAGCGCCGACGCGGAUCAGAAUGGCGUUCUCUCCUUGUCGGAGUUUAUUCGUAGUUACCAGGAGGACCAAGGCGUGCUGCCCGCUACCUUUCUAGAGCCCACGCAAAACGACCUGAUUGGUGCCCGCCAGCUCACCGACGACGAGGAGACGGUGUUGCGGGAGGCGUUCGCCGUACUGGACCGCAACAAGGACGGCUAUGUCGACCACGAGGACCUCUACCGCGCCCUCUGGGAUACUCUUAGCAGCACCACCGAGGACCAGAGCCAAAUACACGACUUGUGCAAUCUAAUCAUGAUGACCUCUGACCGCAGCAAGAGCGGCAAGCUCACCAUUACCGAUUUUGUUCGCAGCUUCUUGCGCAACAUACAGCUUAUGCAGAUUCCUGUGUCGGUCGCUCACGAGCGGGUGCGAGUGGCCUGCGAAAAGCUGCAGGAGAUGCACGACUCGGGGGAACUUGAGAGACUCGUAAUGGUGUUCGAAGAUCUGGACAGCGACGGCGACGGGUUUGUGGCGCGUUCGGAGCUGGUGAGCCUGCUCAAGGUUCUCUUCUGCGACGCCUUUCCUGAGUGGGACAAGGAGAUGUUGAACACUGUCAUGACCGCCAUCGUUGUCGGGGCGGAGACGAGCAACGGUGGUCAGCUGUCCCUGGAGGAGUUCAUUCAUAGCUUCGUCGAGGGCUCUGGUGCGCUACCUCUCGAGGCGGUCUACAGCUGGGACUCCACCGCCAGGCGUGACUCUUCCUCUCCUGGAAGCGCACCGAUGCAGCCGCUCCGUCGCCUCAGCGCCGCGACCGACGCUGACCUAAUCCUCAUUGGCGAAGCUGUACGCCGGCUCUAUACGAAGAACGGGGCGGACGGCGCCAUCACGGAGGACGAGCUGCACACCGGCAUCGCUCAGCUCUACGUUGACAGCCCCCAACACGGAGAGGAGAUGUUUCAGUUUGCGCUCCAGCAAUUUGUCGUGCCCCGCGAAGAUGGUCGGCUGAUGUGGAGCGACAACGUCGUUUUCGAAGACGCGGGAGAUGAAGAGGACGAGGGUGUGGAGGCAAGCAGCCGAAACAAGAGUAGCUCGGCGUUGACGUGCCCAUUGGACAACUCCAGUCACCGGCCCCACGCCUUGGUGCCCGUCUCGGCUACCGAAGUGGCGGAGCCAACACUGUACGCGUCACCGCGGCUGGCAGGACUGUCGUCAGGCCCAUUGCCAAACCAUCGGUUCUCGUCACCCCCGGCCGAUGCUCGGGAGCAGACAGUCGCUGCACCGAGUCAGGGCCGUAGGGAUAAUUCUGAAUCAUACACCCAGACCCAACCAAAAGUGGUGGACGAAGCAACAUCGACGUCGGCCGCCUCCGCGCUGCAGGGGCGGGCAACGAAGAGGCCCUCCAGGGUCUACAAGCUGUACGGCUCUAGGGCCAAUGAUGUCAUGCUCGAUGAGGAUCUGAUGCGGCAGUUUGACCACUACGACGUAGAGCACAAAGGCUACCUGGAUCGGGAGACUUUCAAGAAGAUCUACGUGAAGAUGGAGAACUACGGACUCGACCCGUCCCCGAUGGAAGUAGACAUGCGUUUCCGUCGUUACUCCAAAAGGUCGGACAAGAUCUUCUUCGACGAGUUCUGCAUCCUCAUGCUUCAGCGGGCGCGUCUUUGA